UCCCCUUUAUUUUGUACAAACACUUUUAAUGAGUUUCCAAAUUAAUCCUGUUCUCUGGAUUCUUUGGAUUAGGCACAAAAACUUGCUGUUUUGCUGUGUUUCUGGGAUGCGGCCUGGAUCUUUAAGGACCCCAAACUGUCAAAGUUGAAUGAAGUUAGGGGGCCACUGGGGCGAUGAAGUAGUGGUGUUUCCGUGGAAACAAAUCCACAUAGUCACAUGGCUUCACACUAAUGAAUAUUCUCACCACCUCUUUCCAGACCGAGCAAUUUGUUGGUCACUUUUGGCCUAUGCCAUCGGCAGCAUGAGCCUAACGGGGAUCGAUCUGUCUCUUAACGGGACGACCUUAUUGAAACCAAAUGACACAGAAACACAAGCCGCUCUCUAUGAGGUCAAGGUGUUCAACAUCACCCUUUCAUCAAUAGCUCUGUGCGUCCUGACAGUGACAGGAAUCAUCAGCUGUAUCUCGUACCGAAGACACAGAAGGAAGUGUAAACGGGCGCGUGUCUAUGAGAGCGCCAUUGCCACUGAGGUUCCUGAAGAGCCAGUGGGUGUUAUGUGUGUGAGGAAAACCCAUAGCUUCCGUAACCCGCUCGCCCUGUUCAGAAGACAGGAGGGGCCGAAGGACAACUCACGCAUCCACUACAUCUACACCAACCCUCUGCCUGUGGGACACGAGGAGGACAGGAUCCCCCCUCACACCGUGUCCAUACACACUCCACUCACGCUGAAGGACUACGCCAACGACCCCAGCAGCGGCAUCAUCCUGGCCCCGCCCAUUUUUUACAUGCAGCUGUAGAAAAUU